UUUUACAGAAUAUCUUUGCUUUAACAGAGAUAUUCUUGAAUGAGAAAAUUCGAAUUUUUCAUUAUAGGAAAAAUUGGAAAAUACUGCGUUUAGUGGAUAAGUGCUGUUAAAAUAUAGUCACACAAAACUGUCUAGAUGGCAGAGUCAAACAAUACUGAAGAUGCCAAUCCCGUGGUUAAAGAGAUACCAGUUUUUUUGUCAAAAAGACUUGCCGAAAAUCUCUUUAUAUUUAAAUACCCGUUGCGUGCCGCCAAAGAUGGUUACGACAGUGCAACCAUUCUAAAAUCUGCAAUAAAGCCAGAAAAUCAAGAUGUGCAAUUAGAAGUGGAAUUAAACACAUUCAGCAUUAAUUAUGACCAUUUUAAAGGUGAACAAAUAGCAAAUAAUGCCAACAUGCCUUCUCGACACGACAAAGAAGAUGAAGAGAGAUUUUUUGACGGUGACUUAAUGGAUAAAAUUGUUCUCCAGUCUACUCGGUCUAAACCACCGUCUCGUAAUAAUUUUGCCAUUGGUGUUUAUCAAGACGGAGAAUUACAUCUUACGCCUUUGGCAGGUGUUAUAGAAUUGCGACCGGUCUUUAAUUACUUCGAUAAACCCGAUAAACGUUCAAAGGACGAUAACAAAGAUGAAACUGAAGAAGAGGAGGAAGCUGCGAAGCAGGUGAGCGUUAUUUUUGCAAGGCAGAAACCCGAACAUUUAAAAAAGUUGCAGGAACAGUCGUUUAAAUCCCAAACUACUAAAAGUUAUGAGGAAGCUUGGAUUCAUACAAAAUACAUGCCACCUACAAGUUCUAAAGCUGAGCUGACAAAAAUGGAAAUGUUCUGUCCGUCAGUUGACCACGCCAUGAAUACUUUAAAUAUGUCAAAGGAGGAAUUUCUAAAAGCCUUAUUGCCUUCAAUGGCGCAAGACCCUACUGUCGCAGCAAAACUUCCAGAAAACAUGUUAUCUAUAAAUGACAUUCGAUGUCUACCUCUUAUCGAUCAACUUCGCUACCUCAUGAAAUACGCAAAAGUUAUGUCGUUCGCGGAACUGAGGAAUACUUUAUCAAUGGAUCAUGAUUCUGGAGCGGUUCUAAAAUAUUUGCAACAGGUUGCAGUUCUCGUUAAAGGGAAUUGGAUCGUUAAUAGUGAAUUACUUUAUCCCAAGGACACAACAUCACAUGAACACGGCAUUCCUGCCGAGCUGAUGUGCAGAGCCAGAGAUUUUAUUCUAUUAAAAUUCACCGAAAACGAGUACAUCCUCCGCAAGGUAAUUUCUUCAGAAGUUAAGUUACCAUCCGAAGAACUCACUGAAAUUUUAUCGCACUUGGCGAAACAUCAAGCUAAGAAAGGAUGGCAGCUGUUUCGGACUCCUGAUAUAGAGUUCUGUAGAAGAUUUCCAGAUAUAGCCGAAAGGCAGAAGCUGCUUUGGGAAGCGAAGCGAAAACAUUUGCAAGAAACGAUGCAAGUCCAUGCGCCACAAAGACAACGAAGAAAGUCAAAUCGGGAUUCUGUGUGUUCUGAAAAUGAAGAAAAACCCACUGGAAGAGGUAAAAAAAGCUUACGGGAUUCAUCAAUCUCUGAUAACGAUAGCGCCUCAGAAACUAUUAAAAUUAAGAAAGCGAAUAGACCUAGAAAAGUCUCGGAGACUACGUGACCAAAACUCAUGAAGAGGUAAGGUCUGGAGAUAUAAAUUUAGCUAAAGUUCAAAUAAUAAAUCUCUCCACUUGAGCGAGGCAAGUGGAGAGAACUUCCAUAGCCUCUCGCCAAAGAGAAUCGAAUAUGAAGAAGAGAACACUGUCAAUUUUCUUGAAGCCGGUCAAAACUUCGAGAAGACAGUCAUUUUGUAAUGAAUAUAUGCUCAAGGUUUAGAUUUUCUUUAAACAAAUGAAGGCAAUUUAGAGCAUUUUAUGCAAUACAAAAAGAAGGAAAUUUAGAUAUCAGCAAUGCUGCCAUAGUAUUUAAUUUGCAUUUAUCAAUCUUGUAUGAGAUUUAGUUGAAAGUGUAAUUGAAUUACUUUAUAUUUAAGUUUUUGUUUUCUACGAAAUAAUGUUUCCCAUUUUUUAAAUUCUAAAAAAUGAUAGGAUAGACAUCUCUUCGCUAAUUACGAAAGUGUCACCUUCGUCAAAUCUAGUAGUAGAAUUAACUUAUUUAUUGUUAAUGCGAUAAAGGAAUUUGAUUACUGAACAAGACGAAGUGAUUUUGUACAUAUUGUAAAACCAGCCGCUAUAUUGUAAUAAAGUCUGAAAAGUUAA